CAACCACUGCUUUGGAAAAUGCAUAGCGAUUUUCCUGCUGUGAAAGAGGUUUGUUUUGACAAACAGAAAAAGCAUCGCAAAACGCAGAUCUAACAAUUGUUGGUUGUUCAAAGGAAAACACUGCGUGCAAAAAAGCUUUGUCGUCGAAUUUCCUGUCUUAGUUGGACGGAUUCCGAACCGUUUGUAAAGUGUUGGUUUGUUUGUUUGAAAUCCUUUAGCUAAACAUAUGGGGAAAAGGGUAAAUCUGCGAUAAGUUUGUAAAAAUUUCCAUCAUACUGCUACGGAAAAAGAUGGCCUCUGGAGGAAAAUUUCCGUGAAUUCGGUUGAAAAGUGUGCGAAACUUAGUGCAAAUGGCAGGCAAACCACCCCAGGAUACCUCCGGACUCGGUCACACUUACGUGACACCGGGUGGAUUGUUCCUGCGGUUGAAAAACAGCCUCUCGCAGUUCAGUGAUUUGUUCAGUGAGUUUAACAAGUAUAUUGCCCCUGCCUAUCACCACGACCGCUGCGAACGAUCCGUCCAUAUGCGACUGUACUCGAUGAACAAGCGGGAGUUCGUGAUGGUGUUUCUGGCGUUUUUCGCCUGUUUCGGGCUUGGAAUCUUCAUUGGGCUGGCCGGACCACCCAUCACCCUGACCACCAUGGUAACCGGAAGCUCGUUGAUGCCCAAUACGUCCGGUACGAAUGGGGAUUAUCUGGCCAGUGGACCGUUCGUGAUGCGAACUCCACUGAUGACGACCUACUCCCAGCAGCUUUGGUUGAUUUGCAACAUCGAGACGGACAACAACGACGAUGAGAUUUUCGACAAAAGCUUUCACGUUAGCGUUGGAAUCGAUGGGCUUACGCUGGAACACAAACCGACGACGAUUCUCCGGUUGGAACAUGGCAAGAAUCGAACGCGUCAUCUCAGCUGUGCUCGGGAAUCGUGCGAUGAGUUUAUUGUGUUGCAUCUAGGAUUCCUAGAUUAUGCCCAUUAUAUCAUUACGGUGCGCUUCUACGGGUUGGAAAGCGUUCACCACCGGUACACCAUCAACAGUGUGCAGUUCUACUUUAAGACGUACAAUCCGGCGUUCACUCAAAUCGAAAUCUGGUUCCGAUUUAUCUUCCUACUGUUUACGUUCAUCGUGACCUGCUGGUUCGCGCAUACCCUUCGCAAGUAUCCGAUCUACGAUUGGUCCAUCGAGCAGCGGUGGAUGUCGAUUCUGUUGCCACUGUUGCUACUCUACAACAAUCCAAUUUUCCCGUUGAUCUUCCUAAUGAACAGCUGGCUGCCGGGAAUGAUCGAUGCCAUUCUGCAGGCCACGUUUCUGUGCGGUCUGCUGCUAUUCUGGCUCUGCAUCUACCACGGGUUGCGACAGAAUGAACGGAAGUGGCUGACAUUCUACGUACCGAAGCUGAUUGUCAUCAUGCCGAUCUGGCUGUGUGCCGUCGUUCUGGCGACCUGGGAAAAGUGUAACGAGAUGAAAGAUCCGACCUACAGCCAUUUUGUGGACACCGGCAACUACAAUGGAUUCAAAACAUUCUUCUACACCUCGGGUGCGAUGUAUAUGCUUUACCUCAUCCUUCUAAUCUUGCGAGCCUACAGCGAACUGCGUUCGAUGCCGUUCUUCGAUAUGCGACUGAAAUUCCUGACACUGCUGAUGCUGUUCGUGCUAGCCAUAACCCUGGCGAUCACCAUGUGCCGCUUCGGAUUCGGCAUCCUAGAGGAUAACUUUGUGGCCGAACUAAACACUACCUACAAAAGCUCCGCCCAGUUUAUGGGUUUCUAUGGACUGCUGAAUUUUUACCUCUACACGAUGGCGUACGUGUACUCACCGAACGGGCGGCCACUGCAUGAAGCCACCAUAACCAAAGACAAUCCGGCCUUCUCGAUGAUUAACGACUCGGACGAAGAGGUUGUGUACGGCUCGGAUGAGGACAGUCGACGACCGUUGAAUUCCACUCGGGGCAAGGGAAACGAAUACGAUAGCGACUAAAAAGAGGAAUGUGAUGAACACAAUUAUUAGCAGAAACAAACGCGCAUAUCUUCAUCUUCAUCAGAGAGCAGCAGCAGUUUUGAAUUGAUGUGUGUUUUUGAACCGUACCAAAAUACGUGUUUGGAUGUUGCGUAUUUACUUUCCUUAUGCUAGGCUCGAUCCUUUCCCACACGGGAACGGUUCCUACUGUUACAGUUUUGUUCCAGCAGCAGCCUACAUUUUCUGCCGUUUUCAACAUGGUUUAGAUGUUCUUGCGAGCAUAUGGCCCUCGAUCCAAAACGCUAGCUAGAGUUAGAUUUAAAAACAAAUUAGAGAAAGAAAUCAACUGUUAAACUAAACCUUGAACAAUAUCUACAUCAAUAAGAGUAACUGACUAGGAACAGCACUGAUGGUGUGAACAAACAUGUAACUGAAAUUAGCAAAUAAAGAUAUUUUUAUCCAGAGAAACAUACCUCGA